UGAAAAUGCAACACACUUUAAGAAUGGUAACAGCUGGAUAUUUCAAGAAAUAAUAGCAUGGUUCUGCUUUUCUGUCUUUCCUUUAUUUCACGGUAUUCUUUGUUUCAUCUGAAUUCUCACUUUUGUGUUGUGUUGGGGUAUUUUAAAUCCGCAGGUUGAAUGCCAUCCUUAUCGGAACCAAAGCAAGAUGCUGGCCUUCUGCAAGUCAAACAAUAUCCUCCUGGAAGGAUAUAGUGUCCUGGGAUCCCAAAGGGACCCAAGAUGGUUAAAUCCAGAAGCUCCUCCCCUGCUUGAAGACUCUUUGUUGGUCGCAAUCGCCAAGAAGUACAACAAAACCCCAGCUCUCGUGGCUAUUCGCUACCAACUGCAGCGCGGCCUAGUGGUCCUAGUGAAGGCCGACACCAGAGAGCAAAUUGAGGAAGACAUCCAGGCAUUUACUUUCCAGCUGUCCGAGGAGGAUAUGAAAUCCAUUGAUGGCCUUCACAAAAACCUGAGCUAUUUAAAAGAGGAAGCAUACGCUGGUCACCCACAGUAUUACCCACCAGAUGUGGAAUAAGGACUCGUCUCCCAUCUCCAAUUUAUCUCCUUCUGAACCUGGGUCCUUUUUCAUGGAAAACACUGGGCAAAUCUCUCAAUAUCAGUUCCUCCCAGCAUCCCAGCAUCUCAUUUUCCACUCUUCAGUUCCUCACAUCGCCAUAUCAAUUUGGGAUGAAAAGAAAAUGUCUUGAAAAUUCAUCAUUGCAGAUUUCUCCUACCAUACACAUUUUUCUUUGCACUUUUGGCUAAAAUAAAGCAUGUUUGCAUGGUGUUUUCACUGA